AUGCCAUUUUCGUUAGUUAAUGGAACUUCAAGUGUUACGCUUUAUGCCAGUGACGGUGCAUUGCUUAGUGAAGCUCUUAAUUUUUAUACCAAUGUUUUAGGAUUCACUUACCAUUCAGAAGAUGGUAAUGUUACUUAUUUGGCCAAUACUGGGGCCAGUAUGGUGGUUAAGAUUAUUGUUAGUAAGACAAGAGGUUUAAGUUCUAGUGACAUUCAAACCAAAAAGCAAGAGUUCAUCAAGAUUUUAAACGUUUAUGAUUGGCGUUCAGUAGAAUCCAACGUAGUACUUAAAACUGCUAGUGUUGCUGAUUUAACCACUACGUUACAAACAUUUGGAUUCCCUAUUCAAGUUUCUCCAAAUGAAAUGUUCCCUAAUGAAUUAUACACAAUUGAUCCCUUGGGAACUGUUAUCGGGUUCUGUGCUGCUAAGAAUCCUUUGACUUUGAAUCCUCCUCUUCAAAAGACAAACAGACUUCUUAGUAUGGAAAUGAAGUCCACUUCAGGGUCUCAAACUGCUCAAUUGGUUCUUCCCUCCCAUAAGAGAAACAUUGCUGUUAUGACCAGUGGUGGUGAUGCUCCAGGAAUGAAUGCUAAUGUGAGAGCUGUUGUUAGAACUGCUAUUUACCAUGGUUGUAAGGCAUUUUGUGUUAUGGAAGGUUAUGAAGGUUUGAUCCGUGGUGGUCCAGAAUUCAUUCGUGAAAUGAGUUGGGCUGAUGUUCGUGGAUUCCUUUCUGAAGGUGGUACUAACAUUGGUACUGCUCGUUCAAAGGAAUUUAGAGAACGUAAAGGUAGAUUAUUAGGGUGUAAGCAUUUAAUUGAAGCAGGUAUUGAUGCUUUGAUUGUUUGUGGUGGUGAUGGUUCCUUGACAGGUGCUGAUUUAUUCAGAGCUGAAUGGCCUUCAUUAAUUGGUGAAUUGAAAGAUACUAACCAAAUUACUUCCGAACAAUUUGAAAAGCAUAAACAUUUGAAUAUUUGUGGUACUGUUGGUUCAAUUGAUAAUGAUAUGGCCACUACUGAUGCUACAAUUGGAUGUUAUUCUGCUCUUGAUAGAAUUGUUCAAGCCAUCGAUUACAUUGAUGCUACUGCUAAUUCACAUUCAAGAGCCUUUGUCAUUGAAGUCAUGGGUAGACAUUGUGGUUGGUUGGCCUUAAUGGCUGGUAUCUCCACGAGUGCUGAUUAUAUUAUGAUUCCUGAAAAGCCAGCUUCUUCCAAGGAUUGGCAAGUUCAAAUGUGUGACAUUGUGGGUAAACAUAGAGCUAAGGGUAAGAGAAAGACCAUUGUUAUUGUUGCAGAAGGUGCCAUUACUAAUGAUUUGAGUCCUAUUUCUGCUGAAGAUGUUAAGAAUUGUUUGGUGGAUGAAUUAGGUUUGGAUACAAGAGUUACUACUUUAGGUCACGUUCAAAGAGGUGGUAAUGCCGUAUCUUAUGAUAGAUGGUUGGCUACUUUACAGGGUGUUGAGGCGGUCCAUGCUGUGUUGGAAUGUACACCUGAUACUCCAUCUCCAUUAAUUGCCAUUGAAGAAAAUAAGAUUGUCCGUAAGCCAUUGGUCGAAGCAGUUGAAAUGACAAAGAAAGUUGCAAGUGCAAUUGAAAGCAAAGAUUUUGCUAAGGCUAUGUCUUUAAGAGAUUCGGAAUUUACUGAACAUUUACAUAACUUUUUGGCUAUGAAUUCUGCCAACCACAACGAACCUUCAUUACCUCUUGAAAAGAGAAAGAAGAUUGCCAUUAUGAAUAUUGGUGCACCAGCUGGUGGUAUGAAUUCAGCUGUUUAUGCAAUGGCCACUUAUUGUAUGUCCAGAGGGCAUGUUCCUUAUGCUAUUCACAAUGGAUUUGCUGGUUUAGCUAGACACGAAUCAGUGAAACUGAUUGAUUGGUUAGAGAUUGAAGAUUGGAGUUCAAUGGGUGGAUCAGAACUUGGUACUAACAGAGAAACUCCAGGAGAUACAGAUAUUGGUAUGAUUGCCUAUUUCUUCGAAAAAUAUCGGUUUGAUGGUUUAAUCAUAGUUGGUGGAUUUGAAGCAUUUGUUUCAUUGGAUCAAUUGGAAAAGGCUAGAACAAUGUAUCCAGCUUUCAGAAUCCCCAUGGUUUUAAUUCCUGCCACCAUUUCUAAUAAUGUACCUGGUACUGAAUAUUCAUUGGGUGCUGAUACAUGUUUGAACUCAUUAAUUCAAUAUUGUGAUAUUGUCAAACAAUCUGCAUCGGCCACCAGAGAUCGUACAUUUGUGGUUGAAGUUCAAGGUGGUAACUCUGGUUAUGUUGCCACUAAUGCUGCAUUGUGUUCUGGUGCCUUGGCCUCGUAUGUACCUGAAGAGGGAAUCACAUUACCCCAAUUGGAAGCAGAUAUUCAGCAUUUGAAGGCAGCAUUUAAGGCUGACCAAGGCUUGGCUAGAUCAGGUAAAUUGGUAUUAAAGAGUUCCAAUGCCUCUAAAGUGUUAACCACAGAAGUUCUUGCAUCUAUUAUGAAGCAAGAAGCUGAUGGAGAAUUCGAUGCUAAAACAGCCAUUCCUGGUCACGUGCAACAGGGUGGAUUACCCUCGCCUAUUGAUAGAACCAGAGGUGCCAGAUUUGCCAUUAAGGCCGUUCAAUUCAUUGAAGAAAACUGUGAUACUGUCACCCGUCAUAAAUAUGACCUUGAUUUUGAUGUCAGUACUAGAGUUGUACAAAACACUGCAGCUGUCUUAGGUGUCAAGGGCUCUCAUUUGAGAUUCACUUGUAUCAGACAAUUGUUUGACUUUGAAACUGACCUGAACAAAAGAAUGCCAAAGAAAAUCCAUUGGCAAAAAACAAGAGAUAUAUCCGACAUUUUGGUUGGUAGAACCCGUGUUGUGGCCAAUAAGAACACUGUAUUUUGA